AUGAAACAAAUAUAGCAAUUUUAGCUUAAAAAGAGUAUUUGUAUAAACUGCUUGAUAUCAUUUAAAUUGAUUAAUAAGGAGCUGAAGAUUGGUUUUAUAUUCCAAUAAAAGNAUAAUCUGUAAGAAAAUUACAGGAUUUUUUCAAUAUUACCAAACAUGUUUGUUGCCUUAAUUUUACAAUAAAGAUAAGAUAAUAAGAUUUAUAAAUUCAAAGAUAAUGAAAGUUUUGAAUCUAAUUUAUUAAAUUUAAAAAAAUCUAUUGAAAAUAAUUUAUGGGUCAAUACCUAUUUACAACCUACUUAAGAAUAAUCAGAAAAUAUAAUCAGCCAGAAGUGGUUUCAUUAAGUAAUUAAAUAUGAUAUUCAAUUUUAACGAAAUUGGAUUCUUUAAUUUUUGAUUUGGACAUUUUAAUAUUGUGAUGAUGAAUUAUUAAAAAUGAAAAUUUAUUUAGAAGGUCUUUAAAUUUAAAAAUUUUUAGUCUCUUAAAAUUGAAUCUUGAAAUAUUAGAUUUCUUAUUUGGUAAAUAAUAAGGAAAUUAAUAAAAAUUUAAUUCUCCAAGCUCUAGAAAACUUGAUUAAAAUGACGAUAAUGAAAUUCAAAACAUUAAUUAAGAAGAUUAAAUCAUAACGUAAAAAACUUUAGCAUAGAAAACAAUAUUUAAUGUUUUUAAGGAACCAGAUGGCAAUAGUUUUAGUGCUUUAUUGUUUUGUUGUUUACUUUCAUUAGAAAAAAGAAAUAAAUUAAAUGAGGAUUUGCUUGAAAUUUUAAUUUAGAAUUUUCAUGCUCCUAAAAAUUCAAUAAAUGAAAUUAAAGAAGUUGAAAUUAUUGAUGAUUCAACGGAAUUAGAAUAUUUUUCAAUAAUUAAUGGAAAUUCAAAUGCAGAUUAGAUAAUUAGCCCUAAAGAAGCAUAAAUUUAAACUAAAAGAGCAAUUAAAUUAAUUCAAAAUACUAAUGGAAAAGAAGAAAAAAUAAAACAUAUAAAAUCAUUUGAUUUAUUAAAAAACUAUUAAGAAUAAAUAAUUAAAUAAUUUGAAUAAUUCUUUUAACCAAAUUCUUAAAAAGUUUAAUACUUAAAAUCAUUUUAAAAUAUUGUUAGAAAUGCAGGAGUUCAUUUGGUAUUUCUAUAAUUUUUAGUAAAACCCUAAAGUGUGUGUAGUUCUCCUAAUAUUGUUUAAUUUUAUAAGAGAUUGAUUUUAUUUUUUGAAUACUUCACAAAGGAUAAUGAAACAAAUAUAGCAAUUUUAGCUUAAAAAGAGUAUUUGUAUAAACUGCUUGAUAUCAUUUAAAUUGAUUAAUAAGGAGCUGAAGAUUGGUUUUAUAUUCCAAUAAAAGUUACUAAACUUGUAGUAUAAUUAAUAUCCAAAAUUCCAAAAUGUGAACAUGAUAAUUUCAUACUGAAUGUUUUUUAGAGAAUAAAAGAAUUAGGAGAUGAAUUAAUGAAAAGUUAAGAGUUUUUUGAGAUAACAUUUAGAUUGAAAAAGCUAUACAUUGAAAGGAUGAAAACUCCUAGAAAGUAAGAUUAGGAUGCAGUGGCUUAUUUCAGUUUAAUUCAAUAUUUAAGAAUAUUAAAAUGUUUAACCAAGACUUUUGAAAUUCCAGCUUAACAGUCUUAUGUCAAUAAGCAUUUGAUUUUAAACUCCAUUUUAAAAUCUUAAUUUUUGAGAAUUAUAUUAGAACCAGUAAAUUACUAUAUAAAAAUAUUAAUUCCUUAAUAGGGAUUAGUUAAAUAGAGUGAAAAUGAUAGUUUAUAUUAUCAUAGAAUUAAACUACAUGCUUAGUUGAUAAUUCUAAUAACAGAGUGUUGUUAAUAAUACAGAUUAGGAAUCUAAGAAAUGUAAAGAAUAUUAUUAUAUGAAUAAUUAAAAGCAAUUCUUUUACAUUCAGAUACUGAAUAUAUUGUUAAGAGAGCUUACUUAUAAUGUUUAUUUGAAUUAUAUAUAAAUAAAGCAAAAGAAGGAGGUUUUAGUAACGAUACUAUUGAAAGUGAUGAAGUCAGAGACAUUUUAUCAAGAAUUAUAACACCUGAAUUAGAUUAGAGACAAUUAUGUUAAUUUUUAGAAGGGUUGGCGAAAUUAGGAAAUAAAGAUUAGAAUAAAAAAGUCAUUGAAACGGUUUUAAGAGAAUAGAUUACAAUAUAAAAAAGAAAUUAUUUCGAAAAAAGAUUGUCUAUAAAUGAAGCAUCAAAUAAAGAAUUACGAAUAAUUAGAGAUUGCAGUGAAUAUUGGACAUAUUUAAGGAAAAAUGGUAUUUUCCACUUUUUAGUAUACACUUAUGAUGAAAUGAUGAUUGAUAAUGAAAAUUCUGAUUAUUCUAAUUUAUCAGAUGAAUUUGCUAUUAUCAAAUAGAUUGUUUAAAAAAUUAAAGAAAUAUUUAAUGUUUUGGAAAGAGACUUUAGAGUAAAAAAAGAAGACUUAGAUUUAGAUGAUUAUAGAGAAUUGAUUAUUUCAAUAGAAGAAAUAAUACCUAAAAGGAAAAUUAUAAAAUUUGGUCAGAAUUUUAGAAUCAGAUUUGUAUAAGAAAACAAUAAUGAUAAAUUAUUAUUUGAUAAAUAUAAUACUUUAAAAGAAGAUUAGACUGGAGAAAAUAAAUUACAAUAAUAUGAUAACGUGGAGAGAGUAUAAAACUAAUUUAGGAGAAACUUUAAAAUAUAUUUAAUAAGAUAUAAAGUAAAUAUUUAAUAAUUUUUUAAUUUUAUUGAAAAAGAUGCUUUAGGAUUAAAUCAUGAAGCAAAAUUAAGAAAGAUUAUCGACACUUGCAACAUUUAUAAAUAAUAUAUAAAAUAUUAAGAUAUUCAAAAUAUAAAUAAAUAAGAUGAUUAUCGUAUUGAAACUUAAGAAUCGGAGUAAAAUAAAAAAAAAAAAAUUGAGGGUUGGGAAUUAUUUAAAUAAACAAUGAGAGAAUAAUUUGAAAGAAAAUUUAACACAAAUCUUAUUACUUCUUAAUAGAUUUAAACAUAUUAACGUUAAUAAAAAAAUUUAGAUAGUGUGAAAAAAGACUUUUAAUAAGCUACAAUACUCUUAAUUGAAUAAUAUUAUAAAAAAUAAGGAAGACAGCUUGAAUUGAAUAGAGAUUUUUUAAUCUCUGAGGAUGUGUAAAUAGAACUGAUGAUAAAAUCAUUAGAGACAUAAUAAACCAAUUUAGUUUGUUUAGAUAAUUUAAAAGACUUUUUAAAAAAAUGCUAGGAAAUAUUUUCAAAUAAAGAAAUUUAUUUAAUUAAAUUAUGCAGAAAAUUAUUGUAGCUUAAAAGGCCUACUCAAGAGGAGAUAGAUUCUUUGAUUGAAGUAAAAGAUAAAGAAUCAUCAGAAACCAGCAAAAAAAUAAAAGAAACAUAUGUUAAAUGUUAAAAGGAUAUGGCUGAUGGUUAACUUGAUAUUCUGGCAUUAGAAAUUUUGAAUUAAACUGAUGAUGAUCAAUAAAAAAUUGAAGCAUUAACAUUUUUAAUUCAUUUAUUAGAUUUUGGAAAUGAAUAUAUAUAGAAAAAAUUUUAUAAAUUGUUUCAAGAUGAAAAUGUGAAACAAAAAUGUUUAGUAUUUUUAAGAGAAUUCUUCUUAACUGAUUUAGAUGUAAGAAUUAAAGAAUUAGAAUAAACUAAUAAUAAUAAUACUGAAUAUACACUUCUCUGUCUUAAGGUAUUAGAAUUAUUACAAGUUUUAUGUGAAAAUGUAAACAUGGAUUUUUAAAGAUUUUUAAUAUAAUAAUAUGAUGAUGAUUCAUAUUAAGCUAACAUUAAUAUUGUUAAUGAAGUUGCUAGUUUAUUAGCUGAUCUUUUAGAAAAAGGAUAAAAUGUAUUUUAUAAAUUAUAAGAAAUAUACAGAAAAGCUUUAGAAAGUUUAAUUGAAUUUUCUACAGGUUAUGUUGAAAAUAGAAAUUAGUUAUGUAAAAAUACAAGAUUAUUUAAUAUAUUAAAUUCAAUAUUGCAAAAAAUAGAACUUUAAAGUUUUGAUGAGCAUUAUUAAAUAAAUCAAAUAAUUUUAAAGGAAAGAUAAUAAAUGAAUUAAUCAUUAGAUAAAAACAUAAUGAUAGAUGCAAGAGGAAUUGGUUCUGACGAAGGGGAAAAAAAAUAUGCUUUAUAUUAAACAUUGUAAUCAUUUAUCAAAUUGCUCUUAUUAUUGACAUAAGGAAGUGUGGAUCUUUAAUCAUUAGAAUCCAUUAAAGAUACUGUUAAUAUUACUUUUUUGAUGAAAAUAGCAAAAUCUAUUUAUGAAGAAAGAAUCAAACCAAAAUAAAGAAACAUAAUUUUAGAUAAUAUUUGUGAAUUAAAAAGUGAAUAACAUAAGGAUUGUACUAAUAUUUUUUGUAAAAAUGAAUUAAGAACAAAUGAGGAUAACAUCUUAAUACAAACAGGAUUUAAUAUAUUUAUCAUAUGGCUUAAAUUAUCAGAACAUUUUCCAAAGGAUUCUUAAUUUGUAUUUUUCUAAUUGAAUUAGGUUGAGAAAAAAGAAAAUUAUGAAGAUUUAUAUGAUUAUACUAAUUUUUUAGAUACGAGACAAUAAACACUAUCAGAAUUUCUAACAUUAUUAAAAAAACCUUAAUAAAAUUUAAAUUUAUAAAAUAAUAAAAUAAAACCUGUAAAUCAGGAAGAUAAAUAUAAUCAUAAUUAAAAUAAAAAUUAUGAAUUGUUGCCUAAAGAUGGUGAUAUAACUUCUAAAACAACAAAUAUGGAAAAUCCAAAAAAUUAUUCUUAAAAUUUAGAUAGAACGGACAAAUUCUUUAAAUUUUAUAGAUAAUUCACAGGAAGAAUUGAAAUAUAAAAUGAAUAGAAUUAAAUAGAAAAAAUAUUUUUUUAAAAACCCUUUAUUUGUAACUUUAUUACUCCAAAUAUCAAAUAACAUUUGAUAUAUGAUAUUAAUAGAGAAACAGAUGAAGAUAGAAUGCGUGGAUUGAUCGAAUUUUCUGAAUUCUAUGAAAUUCAAAUGAGACAUUCUUAAUAAAUUAAUAAUAUAAAAAUUAUACGUUUUGGUGUUGUAAUUUGGAGAUCAUUAAAAGAUUUAUCAUUCAUUUUGUGUUUAAUUAUUGUAAUUCUACUUAUAUUUAUGCAUGAUACAGUUAUAAAUAGUAAAAUAGCAUCUAAUAUUGAAGCACCUGAAGAUUAAAAUAUAACAUCUGGAAAAAUCUUUGUUAAUUAUUUAAAUAAUGUAUAUAUUUUUUAUUCUAUAUUAGAUAUUUUCUAUUAUUUUAUUAGUUUUAAAUCUAAUUAUAGUUUUCUUUUGUGCCUUUGAAAGAUAUCCUAUUUCAAUUACAUAUCACAAAAAACAGACAAACACAAAAAGACUUCAAAUUUUAAAGAAAGAAGCAGGAUUUUAGAUUUCAUGGUUGACGAUGAAAUAUUAUAGUUUGAUAGGAUAUUUUGAAUCAGAAUUUUAAGAACAACAAGUGAAUAAAAGUGUAAUGAAGAGAUUAAUUUUGGUUAUAUUUUUUGACUUUGAUAAUUUCUAUAAUGUAAGAUAUAUAUCUAUAAAUAAUAAUAGAUUUGCAUUUUUGGCCUAACCGUAUAUGCAUUCAUUAAUCCUUAUAUAUAUGCUAUACUUUUAUUAGAUAUCAUCAAAAGAUCUGAGGAUCUCUAAAAUAUCAUAAAAUCAAUUACAUCAAAUGGUCAAAAUUUAGCUAUAUUUACAUUUUUAGGAUUUAUUGGUUUGUUAAACUAUGCUAUAAUUGCGUUCUCUAAUUUUGAAGAGAUGUUUGAUGAUGAAAAUGGUGUUUAUGGCCAUACAUUUAUUCUUGCUGUUACAUCUACAAUUAAUUUUGGAUUGAGAAAUGGGGGAGGUUUAGGGGAAUCUUUGACUAAAUAUCCCGAUGUUUAUCAGGAUUCUACAUUAUAUUGGGACAGAUACCUCUUUGAUCUUACUUUUUUCAUCAUUUUUAAUAUCCUUUUUAUCUAAUUGAUAUUUGGUAUCAUUUUGGAUACUUUUGGCGAAUUAAGAGUUUAAAGAUAAGCUUUAGUUUAGGAUAUUGAAGGCAAGUGCUUUAUUUGUAGUCAGGAUAAAAACGAAUUUGAACAAAUGUAAAACAUUUAUUUAUCUUUUUUUUAGAGGUGCAUAAGGUUGGCAUGAUCAUAUUUACUUGAAUCAUAACGUAUAUCAUAUGUUAUAUUACAUAAUUUAUAUUAAAAAUAAAGAUCCAAAUGAUUGUAACUCUUUGGAGAAAUAUGUAAAAAAAUGUAUUCAAGAAAAAAAAACAACAUUUUUCCCUUUUGGAAAAGCGCUUUAAAUAGAAAAAUAAGAAGGAAAGGAAGACUAAAUAGGUUAAGAAUGA